AUGGAAAAGAAGAGAAAUUCAGGUAUGUUAGCAAAAAGUGCUUAUGUUUUGGGUAUAGGGUUGGUUUUGGUUUUGGUUUUGGGUUCACCAACCCUUUCAAAUGCCUCAAGUGUUUUCCCUGGAUUCAUAAAGUGGCAUGUGUACGUUAUGAAUGAGUUGAAGAAUAAGGAAAGUUUAAUGGUUCAUUGCCAAUCCAAAGAUGAUGAUUUGGGUAGCCAUAAACUUUUUGAAGGUGGGAAUUUCACUUGGAGUUUUAGGGCAGAUUUCUCACACUCCACUCUAUUCUGGUGCCAUGUGAAAAGGGACAAUGACGACGACAACAACAAUAGUUGUGACAGUGGUGCCUCAUUUGAUGUGUUUUGGUACGAUGAACGUCUUUUUCGGAAGUGUCAUUGGAAGAAUUGCCUUUGGAGAGUUAGGGAUGAUGGUAUUUACCUAACAGCUUUAUACGAAACUCAAACUGAGGAGUUCUACUAUCACUGGGGUGCUACUAGACAUGGCUGA